AAGUUAUAAGGUUCAUGACGUAACGGCCAACUGAGCGCUUGCAAACCAGCGGAGGGAUUUCGCCUCUUGGUGCUGCGGUCAGGGCUCGAGGAGUUGUUGAAGUAGCGGAUUUAAAAACUUUCUGUCCGCAAGUGUUUUCUCCUGAAAUAGCGCUUCAUCAAGAGUCUGCGUCUUCCUGCGGGGACAAACAUGGCUCUUUAAAACUGUCACCGUCUCCUCUCUCGACGUCAAGCUCCGUGUGCAGUGCACUUCACCCGAAUACUCUGAAACUAUGGGGUCUUCAACUACUCGUUCACACAACCAGUGCACGGUUUGUGCUUUUGAAAAUUUUGAUCGAAGCAGACGACACAAUGGCGGCAUCGAUCCUUCGCAGGAAAAUUCCUCCCAUUUCCACAGGCGAGCUCGGCGCUCCCUUUCUCCAACAGGCUAGCUACAGCCAAUCGCAUGCCGGGAUAGGGGCGGAGCCUGUGGAGAGGCAGCACUUAAUUGGCGAUGGUCACUCAGAUUGGAUGACGGAAAAAGUUGAUUUGUCUUCAUUUGUGUCGACUACCGAGUCUUCUCCAAGCUCUUCCCUACCACCGUCGCCACUUGAACAGGAUGUCAAGGUGCCCUCAGAUCUGGAGGUCAUGACCUCUCUACUACAGGAGGAGCUGGCUCAGCUGGAGGACUACUUCCGCUCCGAGUCCACAUCAACUACAAGCAAGUUGGAGAAAUCAUCAAAAUGUGACAAGGGUGCUCAAGCCAUGGGCUCCCAAUCUUAUUAUCAGUUACCUUAUGGCUCAUAUGGGUCCAGUCAGGCAGAAACCAGCCCUGUAGUUGUCACCUUGUCCACAGGGGAACUGGACCUGUCCAGCUUCUGUGGUGGUCCCAUUGGCAGAAGCAAAAUUGCUCGACCUGCUCCGUACAACUACCACCACCGCUACCACCACCAUCACCACCAUCAUAACAAUGGGCGGCGAAUCAUCAGCGACGCCGUGAAAGUUGGUGAUGAAGCUGGACUCGAUUCGUGGGGCUCCAGAGGAGGUUACUCAGGUAGCACAGAAUUGUCUGUGAACCACUACUCCACACUGAAGACAGUGAGCAAGAACAGCCUGGGCAGCGUCAAGAAGGUGAGAGAAUGUGCUUUAUCGUUGAAGGAAGAAGAAAGUUAUUGCUUUUCAGAAGGAAUGUUUUGCAGUGAAGAGAUUGCUCGAGGGUUUUGUCUGGGUGGUUCGUACGAGAGCCACCACAAGAGAGAGGGACAGUUGAUGCACAAUGUGAAGGUCAACGUAAGUUAUGACAGCACAGGGCUGGAUGUUUUGCACUGCAACAAAGAUGGAGGACUCUCUGGAGGUAUCCCCCAAGAGACAAUGGUGGCCGGUGACGGCUACUUUCACCAGUCUAUGGCCAGCACGGAGCCUUACCAUAGCUUUAUCAGUGAUCUCGAUCAGCCGUCACAAACUCACGCUGUUGAGCCCCAACAUGGCCACUACCUCUAUCCGGAAUGCCUUGCGGACCAAAGCUACGAAUGUCUGUCCAGAGGAGAGAGUGAAGGGCCACUCAUGGGUGCCCCCAUCCACCGCCCUACCCAGAGGCUAAAGGACGAGCACUGCCCCCUCAAGCCAUCUCUGGUGAUGGGCACCACAUCUAUGGAUAUGAACACCGGAGAGAAGAAGCAAAAGAAGAGAGAUCAGAACAAAAUGCUAGCACACCAGUACCGGCUGAGGAAGAGGGCGGAGUUAGACUCUCUGGAGGAGGAACUUCAUGGCCUCGAGGGGCAAAACCGGGAGCUUCGUGACAAGGCGGAGUCGGUGGAACGAGAAAUCCAGUACGUCAAAGAUUUACUGAUUGAGGUCUACAAGGCACGUAGUCAGCGGCUCAAACAAGACGGCAGUGCCUAGGAGAAAAUUAACAACAAAAAAAAUCACCCACUCCUGCCCAAAACACUGGCCUAACCUCUAAAGUAAACCGUGACCAGCAAGAGAAAAGUCAAGUCAAGAGCACCAUCUGACUUUGGCUCACAAAUAACGGUAGUUGCAUGAUUUUGUAGUUUUUUUCCCCCUUAAAAAAAACAACAAAAAUAUAUAUAUGAUGCGAUUGCAAAACAGAAUGGAGGAAGAGGGGAGUUUCCAGAUGGGUGACUUUAACUAUGAGAAGCCUUUUUGUGGUUUGUUUUGCCCAGAGGAGAUGCUGAACUUGUCCGUGACCACUGUGAUCUGAACUGCACUCACAGCCUUGUGAUGACUUGAGUUUGCGCUUAAAAUGAUUGAUCUGUUUACAUAAAAAAAAACGAAAAAAAAAAAAAAAAAAGCUUUUUGAAUUAGUAGCAGUGAUUGAAAUUUGCUUGUGGUUUUUUGUGACACAUUGGCAGCAUUGAGGCAGAUCCAUGAGAAUUAUAUAUAUAUAAAUAUAUUAUUUUAUAUUUUAUUCAAUGUUUAUUUAUUGUUUGCUUCAAAACAAUCAAGUGAAUAAAGGGAUCACUGGAUUAUUUUUCUUUUCAUUUAUCAAAAUAAUGUGUAACAUACUCUACAGAUAUUCACUAUCAGAGAUUUGUAACUGCUAACAUGUUGAGUAUUUUCAAUUCCUUCACGCCACUAAAACUCCCAAUGCAUGUUUGAUUUUGGAAACGCAUGUGCGAGUGUUAUUUAAAGGCAAUAUUCUGUUUUAACUGCAUGGCUUAAGAUUCCCACCAUCAGUCAAUAUAAACUGAGUUGACUCUGCUCUUCUCUGACCCUCUCCCUCUCCUCUUCAGAAGUGACUCAUGCACAGGUUUUGUUUUCCUGUUUUGAGAAUCACAUGCAUUCGCUGCCUUUGCUUUGCUUUCUUUCCUCCUGCUCCCUCUUUCUCUCUUUGGUGUAUUCUUGCGAACAAACAAUCACCUGUUGAUGCAACAAUAAAUUGUUGUUGGAUAAUGGUACAGCUUCAUUUUCUUGUUGUCUGUUGAUGAAUUUGAUGUUGUCUGAAUGAAAUUCAGGUUCUCGCUAAAAUUAUUAUCCAAAUGUCCGUGUCAGGAAAUUAUACAGUACAUCAGGUAAAAAAUUGCAGCCAAAAAUAAAAUGAAGUUACGCA